AUGGCGGAGGCGAUCAUCGGGCCUCUGGUUGGGAGGCUGCAGGAGGUGGCCGUCGGCGAGGCCCGGGCGCUGGUGGGGGUGAACGCCGACAUCCACCGGCUCCGGGACAAGCUCAUGUGGCUGCAGGCCUUCCUCCGCGAGGCCGACACCAGGCGCCGGGCCGUCACCGACGAAGUCACCAGGGUCUGGACGCUGCAGACGCGGGACGCCGUCUUCGACGCCGAGGACGCCCUCGAUCAUUACCAUCUCCAUGUGGACAUGUCCAGGUACCCAAGGUGGGCUCGUCCUACUAUGAUAUGUCUUGAAACAUUCACAAUUCAAGUACGGAUGAGACGCGGCCUAUCUAGAAAAAUUAGAGCCAUCAACAUGAGGCUUGAUGGCAUCAUUGAAAACAAAGAUAAAUACAAGAUAGAGGACUCCAACAAGAAGACAGAUGUGACAUGGAAACCUUCUACCUCAACAUCUAUAAAUUACACUCAUAGAAAGUUGGAUGAUGUCCACGAUUCAGAUGCGGUGAUAUAUGUGGAGGAGCACAACCAAUUAGAGGAAGCCCUUGUUAAUAACUUAACUGAACACCAAGAGGGCAAAGAACACUAUCCAGUCAUGAUCACUGUGUCCGGAGAAAGUGGUAUUGGCAAGACAACUCUUAUAGAAGCACAUGAAGCAAGCUUCGUGGAGGUCCAUAGCCAUGAUGAUAUCCCUACAUUAACUAGUGCUCGCCGCCUCUCUCUGCAGAACUACACUGACAAAUAUGCUGUCCUAGCCCAUCCAUUGCCAAAGCUACGAUCCAUCUUCUCUCAGUAUGAGCAAGAGCCUAAUAAAGGUGAUCAGGGGCACAGGUCCAAAGGAAGUCGGGCAUAUAUGUUUCAUUUAUCUCAACGAAGGGCAAUCUCUAAGAUGAAGAAAGACAUCAGAUCUCACAUCAAGGAACUGUUUCAUGGAUCUGAGUUUCUCCGUGUCAUCAAUCUGCAAGGCAUUGAGAUUGGUGAGACUUUGACAAGUGCAAUUGGCAAUGUUGUGCACUUGCAGUACCUUGGCAUCACAUCAUGUUCACUGAAACAUAUCCCACGGUCCAUCGGAAGACUCACUAGCCUCCAAACAUUGGAUGUGAGGGAAACUAAUGUCCGAGAGCUCCCAAGGUCCUUUUGGAUGAUUAAGACCCUGAGACAUGUCCUUGGUUUUGUCCUCAGACUGCCCAAGCAAAUUGGCAACUUGAAGCAGCUGCAUACACUUGACUCCAUAGAUCUUGAAGAAGUUUCGGAGAAGCUGACUUUGGAAAGGACACUAGGAGAGAUGAUCCAUCUUGAGUUCUUGUCAAUCUGGCAUAUCUCACAUGUCAAUGUGAAAGCUCUUUCUGGUGCUCUAGACAAACUUGAGAGCCUUAGGACCCUGAUCUUAGAAGGUAAAAUUAUUCCUUCAAAUGUCUUCACCACCGCUUCCCUCCGACGUGUCAAGUUUAUGUUCCUAAGUGGGGAUCUGGUACAUUCAUCUGAUCUAGAUGGUAGUGAAUCCUUUUGUCUCCCUAAUCUCAUCAUGCUUUCUCUGGAGAAAACAUAUGUGACUCAGGAAUUUAUUAGCAAGCUGUCUCAGCUGCCAUUUCUUGCCAUCCUUGCAUUGUACCCUGGCUCGUACAAGGACAAGAAACUUGUAUUUGCUUCAUCCAAAUUUCCACGCCUCAAAAAGAUCAAGAUGAUUGACGUGGAAGUGCUGGAGAUUGUUGAAGUUGAGGUGAGCAUGGUUCCUGAGCUCAAAGAGUUGGAAAUUCACUCCCCAUUCACAGGUUGUUAUCAUGAUAUUGACCUGGGUAAUGACAAGAAACGUUCUCAAAAAACAAGGAUCGUGGUUGAUCUUAAGAAAGAGAAUAAUGAUGUUCAUGAAGAAAAUGAUGAUGUCUGA